AUGGAUAGGAAAUUCACAAGUGCAAAUACUCCUAACUUUGUAAUACUGCAGGUGAGCGAUUCCGAAGGAAAUGCACUUGAAAACAACUCUCUGGUUGUAUCACAGAGCACUCAGGAAUCCAUAUCUUAUGAUGAAGACUUUGAUCCUAACAAAACAUACAUCAGAAGUCCUUCUGCUAGAGGAAGCCAGCAAAUACCUACAUCUAGUGAAAACCCCUUUCAAACAAGCCCACUCCUACCUCGUCGUAAACUGCAUGGACCUACCUUUUCGGCAAACAAUCCAUUUCGUGCUGAUCAGUUUCUAACUCCUCAGGAUGAGCCUGGGCAGCUACUUGGUGAUUCGUUUCAACAUUCACCAAUAAUUCAAGGUUCACUAGAUGAGAACGACCUUAAGGACCUAAGAGAAGGUUUAAAAUUUGCCUUGGGUACAAGUAAUGAAAAUGCAAAAUGGUUUCCUGUUGCAACUCCAACCAAAGAGGAACCACCAAAGUUUCCAACUAUCAAAUUAGGGGAUGAUGAGAGUGAAAAUGUCAACUAUACAUCAAACAUACCACUUCAAGAUCUUAGUCUACUACAGAAAGCUCAUUCUGGUGACGAAAGCAGAUCGUCAUUACAUUCUCCAUCGCCAUUUGCAGAUUACAAUGACAAUUCAUCGUUACAAAAACCGCGCUCACCUAGUCGAGAUGUGGAGCCCAAUUUGGACUAUUUAGAGGCAGGUCUUCUUAAUCCGCACGGACACAAGGAACUGCCGGCUCAUACAUCUUCAAAAUUCACUGAUGCAAUUGCAAGGAUAUCAAAUCGUGUUGCCGGUACAGGUGAUAAAAGAGACGAUCAGCCUGACAAAGAUCAACUUGGUUUGACACAAGUAAGAUCACACGGAAGCUCACAUAUAAAGACCCCGGUGAAGGAAUAUUCAUCAUUUGUGGAGCCUGGAGAACAAUCCUUCAGGUUUAGUCCCAGUCCUGGUAAAGAGUCAAAAAAUUUGCCUGAGUUCACUGUUACCACUGAUAAGGGAGAGUCAGUAUACAACGAGACUACAUUUUCACAAGGGUUAGGGGUCUACUUGCACAGUUCGAGCGAUUUGAAUUUAGCACAGAGUGCACUGGUGCAGGAUGUCAGUUCUCAAGGUUCUUUUCUAAAUCAACAAGCCCCUUCUAUCCAAACGCAUCAAACAAAUGGAACUGUUCAAUCGCAUAAACAAGUUUUGUACGGAAAGUCACUCGGAAUCUUUUCGCCCACUUCGAAACUAAGACAAACAUGUCAUGCGUUACUACAAAAUCAAUUGACAACUCUGUUUUUAUUGCUCGUCUUAGUAUUUCAGGUAAUAUUAUUGAGUUAUCGACAAUGGGAUCCGCAUAAUUUGGAGGGAUACUAUAAAUCGGGCUACAAUUGGGCAGAUUAUUUGCUAAUCGUUAUCAAUGUCAUCUACACUGUGGAAAUAAUUGCACAGGUGAUUGCAUACGGUCUUGUGAAUGAUCGAGCUAUGUUUAAAGAAUUAGAAGUUGAAUAUCCUCCUGACCUUUUUGAUUAUACUGGUUUGCAAAUUCAUCAAAUGAUGGACGUUUUCAAGCAAAGUUUUAUCCAUCCUUUCAGGGUUAAAAAAGGGGGCAGAAAAGACGAAAAGACAAAACAUGAAAUGCAAGAUGAGCAUAAUGAUUCCAGUGGUGACGAUCAACUCAAUUACAGAAAUAAUGAUGUAAGUGAUGAUGGAAGCGCCUCUUUUGAGAGGUUACUAGACUCCCGAACAUCAGUGGAUUACAAUUUGCAAAACAAAUACGAGUUUAACCUGUUUCACGAUGACGAAAUUGGUGCGACAUCUAGACCAAAGACGGAGAAACAAGCACCUCCAGAGGGCUAUAGACUAAGAUCAGCAAAUACUUUUUACAAAGGCAAUGACCAUAAGAAACUUGACUCGCAAUUGAAGAGGGCAUUUCUUCGUAAAAGUUGGCAAAGACUUGAUUUUAUUUCACUGUUUUGUUUUUGGAUUUCCCUUUUGUUGUCCAUCAAUCACUAUGAUGCAAAACACCACAUCAUGUUGUUCCGAGCUUUAAGUUGUUUAAGAAUUUUGAGAUUGUGCAACUUAACUGCUGGUACCAAUACGAUCCUUACAGCUUGCAAAAUUGCAUUGCCCCAACUUAUUGAUGUGUCCAUCUUCAUAUCCUUCUUUUGGUUGUUUUUCGGUAUAAUUGGUGUUCAAUCAUUCAAGUCAUCACUUACGAGACAUUGCGUAUGGACGAAUCCGGAUGACCCUUCCGACACUUAUGUCAAUUCUGAUCUGUUUUGUGGUUCAUUCAUUGGCCUAGAUGGUCUGAAGCGGUCUUAUUUGACACGUGAGGGGGAGCCGUCAGGUGUAAUAAAAGGAUAUCGAUGCCCCAAAUAUUCUCAAUGUAUAUCCGGCGAUAACCCUUACAAUGGCACAGUUAGUUUCGAUAACAUCUUGCAAUCUUUGGAAAUGGUUUUCGUUAUAAUGAGUGCAAACACCUUCACAGAUAUUAUGUAUCAAACUAUGGACACCGAUAACAUGGCUGCAUGCAUAUUCUUUAUUGCGGGUAUCUUUGUCAUGACUGUAUGGUUGCUCAAUGUUUUCAUCGCAGUGAUUGUUGCUUCUUUCAAUGUCAGUAGGUUGGAAGCAGCUAAACAACAAAAGAGACAAGGAGCAGGAUGGAGGUUUUUUAGAAAGUUCAAUGAAGAAGGGAAGCACUACAAUGAACGAAUUAAAGAAUUGGAGAAGAAGAAUCAAUACCUUAAGCUCUACCGCAAAUUUGAGUUUUUAUUCGUGAUUCUUAUUGCAGUAAGUUUAUUUGUUCAGUGUUUUCGUUCAAGCAGAAUGUCUGACCAUCGCCGUCACUUGCUUUAUCGUUUCGAAGCUAGUUUUACUAGUGUGCUUUUGGGGGAAAUUAUUGUCAGAUUUUUUCUUCAUUUCCCUCAAUGGCGGUUGUUUUUCCUUUCCAAAAGAAACUGCUUUGACCUCUUCUUGGCAAUCGUCACUUUCGUUAUAAUCAUAAACCCUAUAAAGGAGAAAAUGGGACACGUGUACUACUGGUUGACUGUGUUUCAGUUAAUGAGAUUUUACAGAGUGGUGUUGGCUACUUCAAUUACAAGAAACUUGUGGUUAAAGAUUAUGAAAAACAUUCGAAUUAUUUUCGAUUUGGCAUUAUUCUAUUUCAUUUUGUUGUUCUUGGUUAGUAUCAUUUUGGCAAGGUAUUUUGAAGGCACCAUUCCCCAUGAUGAACUUGAUGAUGUGGAAUGGCCCAUGAAUAACUUGCCUGCUUCAUUCAUUGCGUUAUACAUAAUCACAUCAACUGAAAAUUGGACUGAUGUAAUGUAUUCGUUGCAAGAAUACGCAGGUACAACAUCGGCAAGAUCAUUCGGAUCGAUAUUUUUGGUAAUGUGGUUUAUUUUGUCCAAUAUGGUUAUCUUGAAUAUUUUCAUUGCUGUCAUUGCAAAUACUUUGCAAGUUUCAGAAGAAGGAAAAAGAAAACGUCAACUCUUACAAUUCAUUGAAGUCAUGACAAACAAGUUACAAAGUGUACAUGAAGAGUCCGGUUUGUUGAAAAAGGUAAAAGCGAAAAUUUUCAAACGAAAGGGAGGCAAGGAUGAAUUGGAAAAGGCAGUGGUUAACUUGCUACUUAGUGGAACUGCAGUGCAAGAUUUUUUAAAUAGAGACUUGGAUGCUGAAAUAGAAGAAGAGGAGGAUGAAGAUGCAAACGAUGAGAUGAAAACCUUGUCUUCGAAUAAAUGGAAAAGAUGGAUUGAAGUCAAUUUUGCACGAGUUAUCAACACAUUUAGCAACCCUUUCCAUUUCAACAAACUGAGGAAAAAGACUAAAUUCAAACUUGAGAAUUUUGAUCCAUCGAGUUUCGCAAAUAAUAUCAUCAAAGAAAGAAACGCAUUGUUGAGUCAACAAAAUAAGUUCUUAGAGGCAAACCCAAGGUACAACUAUGUGUUUUACAUCAUUGGUCCAAGACACAAAUUGCGAAGACUAUGUCAGAGAAUGGUGAAAUCAAGUCAUGGAGAAAGAAUUGACGGUGUCCCACCAUACAGACCAGUUUCUGAAAGUAUUGUCGUGCUCACAUUUCUUGCGACUGUUGCAUUGGUUGUACUUGCAUGUUACAUGACACCAAUUUUCAGAAUGAAGAAUCAUGACCAAGGCUGGAUUUUUUGGUCAGAAUAUGUCUUUGCUUUGUUUUUCACAGUUGAAUUUCUAAUCAAAGUGUUGGCUGAUGGACUCAUAUUCACCCCAAAUGCUUAUUGUCGUUCAUCAUGGAAUUUAAUUGAUUUGAUUGUUUUGAUAUCGUUAUGGAUUGAAUCGAUUGCGUACCUUAAGAACGAUGGUAACUUAUCGAGAAUUGUCAGAGGUUUAAAAGCUUUGAGAGCAUUGAGACUUUUGACGAUCAGCGAAACGGCCAAAUCCAAUUUCCACAACACAAUGAUUGCAGGAUUUGGAAAAAUUAUCAACGCGGCAAUCAUUUCUCUUUGUUUGUUAUUCCCUUUCUCGAUUUGGGGAUUGAAUAUCUUCAAUGGACGGUUGGGCUAUUGUAUUGAUCUGGAAUCGCCAGAAAGUGAAUGUAUCAAUGAAUACAAGAAUGAGGUCUUUAAUUGGAAUGUUGUUAGUCCAAAUGUGUACACUAACCCUCAAUUGGAAUUCAAUAGGUUCGCAACAUCGUUUGCUACAUUAUACGAAAUCGUUUCAUUUGAAGGUUGGACGGACUUGUUAGCAGACGUAAUGAAAAGUACAGGAGUGGGAACAGUACCUGAAAAGAAUGCCACACCAUUCAAUGGUUUCUUUGUUGUUUUAUUCAAUUUCAUUAGUACGAUUUUCAUCUUGACUUUGUUCAUUUCGGUCAUCAUCAGUAACUAUUCAAGAACAACUGGAAGGGCAUAUAUGACAACAGAUCAAAUUUCGUGGUACCAGAUCAAGAAAAUAUUGGUGCAAGUUCGUCCGUCGAAAAGAAAAGACUACUAUCUGUUAUCAUAUUUUAGAAGAUUUUGCUAUAAAAUGACAGUUGAAAGAAACCCCAUUUGGCACAGAAUCUUGAAUUGUUUUUUGGCAUUUCAUGCAUUAGCCUUGUUACUUGAAUGUUUUCCAUCUUCAGAUAGUCUCAAUCUUUUCAGAACCAUCGUUUAUACCAUCACUUCUGUGUUGUUCUUUGUGAAUGCUGUGAUGUUGGCUAUUGCACAAGGAUUGAGAACAUAUUUGCAUUAUAAAUGGAACAUCUUCAACUUGUUUGUCUCGUUUGGAGCUUUUACGACAACAGUUAUUGCGUUUCCUGUGAACGAUAAUUCUCCAUUUAUGAACUUCAACAAGUUAUUCUUGGUUGCAAUUUUGCUAUUUAUCAUUCCAAGAAGUAACCGAUUGAGUCAAUUGUUACGUUUUGCAUCAGCUUCAUUACCAGCAUUGAUUUCAUUGUCGUAUACUUGGAUUAUCGUGUUUUUAGUGUUUGCAAUUGCCAUGAAUCAAAUUUUUGGGUUGACUCGUCUUGGAUCUAAUGGAACAGGUAACUUAAACUUGAGAUCAGUUCCCAAAACAUUGAUUGUUUUAUUUAGGUGCAGUUUCGGAGAAGGUUGGAAUUAUAUCAUGGAGGAUUAUACAGUUUCUUCGCCUUUUUGUACAUCCGAAGGAAGUUCUGAUCGAAAUGAUUGUGGAAGUAAGCAAUACGCAUACAUCUUGUUCAUCGCAUGGAAUUUGAUAUCAAUGUACAUUUUCCUCAAUAUGUUCAUAUCAUUAAUCUUGGAUAGUUUCGAUUACAUCAACCAAAAGACGGAUUACAGUGAAUUGAUUCAGCGUGAAGAAAUCAGAAAAUUUAAACGAGCAUGGCAAAAAUUUGAUCCACAAGGUAGUGGAUACAUAAAGCCAAUUGAUUUACCCAAGUUUCUUCACUCAUUAGAAGGAACACUUUCAUUCAGAUCGUAUAGAGGAGAGUUGGAAAUCAAGGAACUUUGUCGCAAGUGGAUCAAGAGAAAUAAUCCAAAUGAUCCCUAUGACGUCAAAGUUGAUUUUGAUUGCAUUGAUGAGACAAUGAAUCAGAUGGAUAUUCCAAAGAUCAGAGAGAGAAGGAAAGCAUUUGAUAUGUUUGUUGAGGAGGCUUUGUUGACCAUGGAACUUAAUGAGGACCCUGGGGUAUCAUUUACUCGAAUUAUUUUGCAGCUACCACUUUAUACAACAUUUGAUACUGGUAAGUGUUUUAAUCUCAUUGAUUAUUUGGAGCGUCAGUUAUUGAUUAACAAAGUUGUUAAGAAGAUGCAUACAAAGAGAGUCUAUGAAACAAUUGCAGCGUAUGCAUGUAGAUGGAAGUAUCAAAAAGACAAGAAAUUGGGAAUAAGGGAUAGUAAUAUUGCCUUUGAUACAAGGUUACGGAGAACAAGCUACUUAGUAAAUGAAGAUUUGCAGAUAAACACUGAUUUCCCUCGAAGAUCUGUCACUGAUGAAAAUACUGAUCCCAACGAGCCGGCGCCAGAUUCAGAUCCCGAUAAUGAUGAUGCCCAACAACCACUUAAGCGGAGCUCAGUUAUUUCUGGAGAUCCCGGAAUAUCAAGUGGUGUAUACUAUCCAAAUUCACCUCUUUUGAAAACGUCACAUCAAAUGCUGCCACCAUCACCGUCCAAAACAAGAAAACCAAACUUAUCAAUCAGCAUUCCGCACAAUAACUUUGAAGAAUCGGGUUUACUUGAUGAUGAUAUAACGUAUUCCCCAUUUGCUGAUAGCGCAGCUCCAAGAAGUGCUCAACGAAACUCAUUAGAAGAGAUUAUUGAAUCAUCAAGAUGGAGAGAUGCAUUAGGAGAUUUAACAAUGAAGCAUAAGAAGAAAUAA